GCGGAGGUGGCGUCAUCGGGGAGUGCCCGGCCGGCCGCCGGCGCGAAGACGCGCGAUGUUGAGCCGGCUUCAGGAGCUGCGCAAGGAGGAGGAGACGCUACUCCGCUUGAAAGCGGCCCUGCACGACCAGCUGAACCGGCUCAAGGUUGAAGAACUGGCCCUCCAGUCAAUGAUUAGUUCUAGGAUAGAAGAUGAGAUGGUGUCUUCUCAACCUGCGCCUGAACAGUCACAUGAUCAGAUGUUGGUGCAUGUAGACAAUGAAGCAUCAAUCAACCAGACUGCACUGGAGUUGAGCACAAGGAGCCAUGUGCCAGAAGAAGAAGAGGAGGAGGAGGAGGAAGAAUCAGAUUCCUGAAGGGGAGAAGAGCCAGGACUGAAUACUCCACUGGGCAACUUUGGAGGAGGCUGCAAGUACACGUGAAGACAUUAAGAAAUGCCCGGUGUCCUGCUCCACCCAUCUCUCCCUUCCCCACUCCCACCUCUGGGCAGUGCUGCCCUUAUCCAGUCAAGGAAAGGCAGGGGUGAGAGGCCAAUGGCUGCUACCGGGCUGCCCUGUUGGAACCAUCAAUCUCAAACCAGUCAGAACUGUGGCCAAGUCAGUGCUCUGAGCACUCACUUGUCUAGUGACUGAAUAAAUCACUGUUCCUCUCUGAGCCUCAGAUGACCCUUCUGUGAAACGGAGGUUGGGCUUAACAAUCCCUGGGACCCUUUUUAGCUCUGAGGCGUAGUCUACCACUGUACAUCUUGGAGUGUGGCAGGGAAACAGAACCAUCAAUUACUAGGAGCAGCAGCUAGGGGGAUGUGCAAACCACUAGGCAUAGUCCAGCCUGGAGCACCUGUAAGACUGGCUAAAUAAUAAAAUGUUUACCCCUCCUGAGCUCUGAAGGAGCACACAAAGGUUAAAAAAAACAUUAACUGGCAGAGAGCUGGGUCUGGAAGAAUGUUACCUACACACUCACUGCAGGAAUGAGGGUGUUUGCAGGCAUCAGAGCAAGCACACUGGCAGUAGCCCUUGUCUUUCCAGGGUGUAUGGUGGAGAUCACACACGGCAAGGCCCUGGGGCACCCUGCUCAUGCACCACACAGCCCCAGGAAAUGUCACCCACCCUUCUUGUGACCCGUACUGGGGUUCUGUGCAGCUUCCUUGUGAGCUGACUCCCAGACACUGACUGCUCUGAUGUGUAACCCAAGUCAACAGGUGAUUGGAGACUAAAAAUCAUACACUAACAUUACCAGAGCAGUCCAGCCUAGUUCACUUCCCCUGAACGCCUUAUCAGAACAGCAGGUGAAUAAGCCUGAUCCCAGGUCAUGGACUAAAUAAAGCCAAGCUUUUGGGGCCCACGGUGCUGAGGAGGGAUGAAGGGACUAUUCAAGGGAGAGGCCAGGCAGGGGAGGGGCUGUGUGCCAGCAGAGUGUGAGGUGCAGGCCACCUGUUACCACGGUGCAGCCCAGCCUCCUGGGAGGUAGGAUGGGGGCUGAGAGGAGUGGGUGGGAAGGAAGAAAGAGUGCUAGGUGGGACGGGCCUGAGCUGCUUUUUAUCUUGGAGCCUGUUUCCUUAGCUGUAUGAAAAGGAUAACAAAACCAACCUGGCCCACCUGAGCAGUGCUUGGAGCACUCAGUAGGAAAAUGAAUGUGAAAAUAUCUAAGAAAUUGGUGCACACUAGGUGACUGGCAACUAUUUGACCUCAGCCGUCCCUUCCCUUAAUGUGGCUCCCACCCAGCACGACCAAGUUUAGGUCCCAGCAGGAGAUGAUGGCUUUCCCAACACAAAUGCAACAUAUUCUGCCUUCCUUGAGGCCUUAAGCAGCCUAAAUCAGAUCCCGAACUUCCUGUGUCCCACAGUGCUUAGCAUAAAGCUGUGCAGCCAGGCAGUAAAGAGAGCUGAACUAAGCUCUCCAGUAGACUGUGAACCAGUGACAGUGAUUUUUUAACUGCUGGAGUGAGCCAGGAUUUUCCCCACUGAGUUUGUAAUGAACAAGGGGACCUAUCUGAGCCUUUGGGGGUCUGGUUUUAGAGAGCAGUAAGAAAACAUGAAACUCCACUAAUCUCAAGGAAGAAGAAAACGGGGGGAUGUCCUUUACCAUGCACCUCAGCCGAGGGGGAGGCCUCCAGCUGCCUCCCAAACAGGUCAGAGCUAGACCCUUCUCUUCCUCUACCCAUGCUGCUCCGGAUGCCGAGAGUGCUGGCCUUCCUUAAUCAUCUGAAAUCCUGUCCUGCCCUCAAGCUCCUCCAGCCCUGCCCCACCCUCCUCUGAGCAGCCAUGGUGCUAGUCCCUAGCUUCCUGCUCCCCCAAAUCCAAACUGAUGAAUACUUGUCAGUCCCCUCCUUGAUCCUUUUUACAUUUAAACAUACUGGUAUAUAUAUUUCACAAAUAAUGCAUCUUCUUUGUAUUAAAGUUAGCCAACAGCAAUUGAAUCACCUGUUAUUCCA